AUGUCGCAGCAAUACUCAUACGGCGGCGGAGGCGAAGGAGGCUAUCAGCCCCCGCAAGCGCCUCCUCAGCAGCCUCCUCACAUGCAACAACCCAACUCGUACGCACCCGGUCCCUACCAAGGUCAGCCUCACGGCGCCCAAAACCAGUACUACAACGGUCAACAGCCCCAACAUCCUCCUCCUCAGCAGUACUACGGUAACGACCAAAAGAUGGCGCUCAAGCCCGAAGGCUUCGAAGGCGAGCGCUUCAAGCCCAAGCCCAAGUUCAACGACCCCAUCUUCCUCGUCCUCUUCCUGCUCGUCUUUGGCGGCUUCAUCGCGCUCUCGGUCAUCUGUCUCAUGGGCUACUCCAACGCCAAUGUCAACGUCUCCAUUGGCCGCACCAAUGUUCCGGGUAGCACACUCAACGGUCAGACGGUCAUCAUGUUCAUGAUCUGCUGUGGUGUCGCGCUCGUUCUCUCGUUCAUCUACAUCCUGCUCGUCCGCACUUUCCCCAAAUUCAUCCUCGAGGCGACGCUGCUGCUGACCACGCUCGCCAAUGUCGCUUUCUGCGUCUACCUCUGGGUUUCGGGUAACACGGCUGCGGCUAUCAUCUUCACCAUCUUUGCCGUCUUCAGCGUGAUUGCCUACUUCUUCAUGCGCAAGCGCAUUCCGCUCGCCAAGCUCAUCCUCGUCACUGUCAUCCGCACGGCAGAGCAGUACAAGAGCGUCUACGUCGUCGCGCUCACCGGUCUGAUCGUCGAAACCGCCUUCAGUGCAUGGACCAGCUGGGUCAUCGUUGCAACUUACCAGCGCUUCCAGCCGAGCGGACAGGCGGCCGGCAGCAGCUCUAGCAACGCCUCGAUCAUCGGCCUCAUGGUCUUUAUCGUCUUUGCCUACUACUGGAUCUCCGAAGUGAUCAAGAACGUCGCCUUCACCACCGUCGCCGGCAUCUUUGGCGUGGCUUACUACAACGUCAACAAGGUUUCGCACGCUGCGUGGGGCGCGUUCCGCCGCUCCAUGACCUACAGUCUGGGGUCAAUCUGCUUCGGCUCGCUCAUUGUGGCCAUCCUCGACAUGCUGCGUGCGCUAUUCAACCUGCUUCAGAGCCAGGCAGCUUCGGAUGGCGAUAUGACGGGUCAGAUUCUGGCGUGCAUUGCCUCGUGCUGCAUCGGCUGCAUCCGCGCCCUCGUCGACUACUUCAACCGCUACGCCUACAUCAACAUUGCCCUCUACGGAAACGGAUACAUCCGCGCGGCCAAGGAGACCUGGUCGCUGCUCAAGGACCGCGGUAUCGACGCGCUCAUCAACGACAGCCUCGUCAACAUUGUCUUCAACUGCGGUGCUUUCAUCGUCGGUCUGUUGACCGCCCUGUUCGCUUACGUCUACGAGCAGAAGACCAACCCACAGUACCUCCAGAACAGCUCUGGGUACUACUCGAUCAUUCUGCUCGUAGCGUUCGGGCUGGGCUUCAACAUCGCGCUCAGCGUGGGAGCAGGCAGCAUCGCCAGUGGUGUCAGCACCUACUUUGUCGCGCUGGCUGAGGACCCGUACGUACUGCAGGGCAAGAACCCGGAGCUGUUCGAGAUGAUCCGUCAGCAGUACCCGCAUGUCGUACAGGCUGUCAAUCACUAA